AUGUCGCCCGCGUCGCCCGCGUCGCAGACCGUCGUGCAUCACCCCAUCAUUCACGGCUUCUCGCCGGUCUCCGCGCCGAUUUCCGCGCCGAUUUCCGCGACAGGCACGGCGCAAUACCUUCCCGCGGGCUACGUGCGCAGUUUCCCGCAGCAGUCUCCGCCGCCCCACUGCGUCUCGAUCCCCCUCCCCAUCUCUCCGCGCGGCCCGUUCCCUGCGUCCCCAAUGUCCUCCGCCCCUCGCCCGCCGUUCUCCGCGGGCAUGGCGUCUUCCGAGCCCGACGCGCCCGGAUCUUGCGCCUUCACGCAGCGCACGCCGCAAUACAAGGGCGUGCGCCAGCGGCGCUGGGGGAAGUGGGUGUCGGAGAUCCGCGAGCCGCGCAAGCGCUCGCGCAUCUGGCUGGGGUCGUACGACACGGCGGAAGACGCGGCGCGCGCUUACGACACCGCCGCGCGCCUGCUCCGCGGACGGCGCGCGAGCCUCAACUUCCCGAACAGCUACGCGACGGUUCCGCUGCCGUCCGCCACGGCGGAAGCGCUGCUGCGCGCGAGUAAGGAGGCUGCGCGCGUGCUGGGGUUGAAACCGGACGAGAUCGUAUGGGAGGCUGCGGAGGCGGCGGGGCUCGCGAUUCGGCCGAGCGCCGCGGCGACGGCGGCGGCGCUGGCGGCGGGAGGAGGGGGGGGGACGGGCGAGGGGGGAGGCGGAGUCGGGGCUGGCGCAGUCCCCGCCCCUGGCGGAAUGGUUGGCGGAAUGGCUGGCGGAAUGGCUGGCGGAAUGGCGAGUACAGGUGGUGGGGGAGGGGGAACAGCACCAAACGCGCCAAUGGAGGCUAGCGACGCAGCAGUGGGGAUAGCAGCAGCAGCGCCAGCAAUGGUGGGUGCAGUUAAGGCGGAGGAGACACAGUUAGUGGCAGGGGCAGAUUUACAGUGGAAUAACGCCAGUGCUGCUGCUGCUGCUGCUGCUGCUGCUGAUGGUGCUCCUGGUGGUGCUGCUCCUCUUCUGCCUGCUGUUGCCCCCACUUUGCUGCCUGAUGCAAUGGAACCGCUCUCCACUGUGGCUGUAGCUGCUACAGAUGGGGAUGCUGCAGCAUACUAUGCACAGCAGCAGCAACAGCAGUUUUGCAAGCAAGAGAACCAGGAAAUGCCUGUGCCUCACCAGCAGUUGCAGGAGGCGCAUGAGGAGCAGCAAGGGAUAGCAUAUACUGACAACAUGAGCAUGCACAUGGAUACCACCCGUGCAACGACCAAUAAAAACACGAGCGGUAUCAACAACGGCAAUAUGCGGUACUCAGGGGUGGAGCAGGGUAGUCCGUUGGUGAUGCAGCUGGUAGGGGAUGACAUGGGCAUGGGGGACACAUGGCAGCAGGAGGCAGAAGCGAUGUGGAACAUCUGA